AUGGUUGCAAAGAAAUAUAAUAGUAUAACAGAAGAAUCACCAUUGAAUAGUGUAAUCAAAGUAUACAAUGAAUUGAUAUUAAUAGAAAAGUUAAAGGAAAAGGAAAAGGUAUCAUUGUUGAUACACACUUGUAUAGACCGUAUCUGUGGAAACGAUAAACAACCUGCAGAUGAUGAUCAACCUAUCUCUCCUACUUUACAAUCAAUCAUAAAUAAUUAUAUAUCUUUUAUCAAUAGAGUUGUUGGUAAAGAAUUGAAAAAGGAUCAAAUAUUACAAGAUUUAAAGACAGCAGGAUUAAAUGAUGAAAUUGCAAUUGUUAUUACUGAUUGUAUCAUUUCACGUUAUCAAGAUAUCAAGAGAGAGUUGACUGAAAAGUUGUCAGCCAUCUCAUCAUCACAUCUAAAAGAUUUCGAUUGGAAAGUAAAUUUGGUAUUGGCAAGUGACAAGAUGAAUAGUGUUCAAGAGAAUGUAUUACAAUUAAAUUUGUCUAUCAAUAAUCAAGAUAAUCAAACUACCAACACUGUCAACUCUGACCAAAAAUUACAACAACUACUUGUAGAAUUAACUAAAAAGGAUUUGGAUCAAUUAUUGGCUACUUUUGAUGAUAUCAAUAAAGUAAUUCAAUCACUAAAGGUUAAUUAA